GUACCGGCUACCGGUUAUCUUUCACGACGAUUGGCUCGCCUAAAGAGCAAGCGAUCACGAAAGUAGUGACGUCACAAGUGGCGGACUCUACUCUUAAGGAGAUGACCAUAAACUCACUCUCUUACAACCUGCCAGCUGCUAACGUGAAGAAGUUCCCUCAGCUGUUCUCAGCGUUAGAAGAGAAGCGAUCGGAACUGGGCAUCGAUUCCAUCGGUGUUGGCGUCUCUACUCUUGAAGAAGUGUUUCUGAAGUUAUGCAGCGAUGUGGACAAUACGAUGUCUGAAGAUGAAGUGGAUGGUCACGGUGGACCAGAUAUGUCCGAGGAGCGUCUGACAGGCGUGCUCCUGUACAUGCGACAACUGAAGGUUUUAUUGAUACGACAAGUCAAGUAUGCCAUACACAAGAAGUGGUCUUUUCUAUCACUGCAACUGAUAUUUCCUAUCCUAACGAUUGUCGCGAUGACGCAUUUUACGAACAACUCGGAGUUACAAGAAAAUUCGGAGGGAUUACUCCGUCUGAACCUGGACCUGUACAGUGACCGGCCCGGCCACCGCGUCCUACUGAACGUACGGGGUGACGGCCUCGACACCAAGUCCUUCACUAAACACUUCCCACAACUCCAGUUCGAAGAAACCACCGACGUAGCUGAUGCGGUGCUUAAGACUGGGGAGAGAGACAUCUUGGAGUACAACAAGUACAUGGUCGGAAUCGAACUGAAUGACACUAACGCCAAGAUCCUGUACACGACGACGGUCCGCCACGCGGCGCCGGUGGCCCUGAACGUGCUCAGCAACGUGCUGGCCGCGCGCCUGCUGCCGUGGGCCGACGGACGGACCAUCUCCACCGUCAACCAGCCCGUGCCCAGCGACCUCAACCUCGACGACGACGUCGGCAUGCCCAAGAACAUGGUCACUCUCAUCACGUGGGGCAUGUGUAUCACAUUCAUAAUCCUGGCGACGAACAUCAACAGUAUCUCGCUGCCGUGCAAGGAGCGGUCGUCGGGCGCGCGCCACAUCCACGUGAUGUGAGGCUGCCCCGCCGAGCUGCACUGGGCCGCCACGCUGGCCGCGCACUGCGCCACCGCGCUAGCCACGCUGGUGCUGCCCGCCUGCCUCGCCGCGCUACUGCUCGACCAGGACCAAACCAUCAACCAGCACGACUUCCUAGCGACUCUGGCGUUCAUCCUGAUGCUGUGCAGCAUGGCAUUCUUCGCGUUCAUGUACAUCGUCAGCUUCAACUUCGGGGAAAGGUCCAGCAGUCUCAUACUCGUCAUCUGCAUCAUUUUGUUCGGUUUACUGACUCCCUUCAUGGAGGCGGCACAAAAACUCUUCUUAAACUCCCCUCGCGGACUGAUACACAUGGCCCUGGCAACGUGUGGGUAUGUGAUGCCCCCCCACACCGGUGUGACGGCAGUGCUGCAGGCGCUCAAUGUCGGACACCUUAACGCCAUGUGUCAUUAUAUACGCGCCAAGAAAUUCUGCCCAGGAGCUUACGCCAACGAAAACGGAUUCGAUGUAGAAAAGUGCUGCGCCGGUGAGAACCCGCGAUGCUAUUUCUGCAUAGACGACUUCUCUCCCGGCUACAACAUGAUUGUACUCUUUCUGCAGUUCACAGUCCUCAUGGCGAUGGUAUUCCUAACGGAGCGUGGUUUCUUAAACGGCUUGGUAAACAAACUAGCCAACCUCCGCUACCAGCCCACUACGGACGCGCACGCGGAUGAAAUGGUACGCGCUGAGAAAGCGUACGUCAGUCGAGCCAUCACUCUACCAUCUAAACAGAUCCCGGACGCGAUGUUAGUGAAUGACAUCCACAAGAACUACGUGUCGAUACUGAAGAAGAGUGUCAAAAUCCUUACUAAUAUUAUAAAUCGGAAAGUGAGUGAAUGCUUCGGUCUGCUGGGUGUGAAUGGAGCGGGCAAGUCCAGUACAUUCAAGAUGCUCACUGCGGAGGAGAGUGCCACCAGGGGAGAUAUAUUUGGAAACGGGUACAGACUCACGCGGGGGAACCCACAGUACCUACAAACGCUCGGCUACUGCCCCCAAUUCUUCGGGCUGGACAUGUUCCAGACUGGUCGCGACAACUUGAGGCUCGUGCUCACACUGCGCGGGUACGACCAGAAACAUGUCGAACAAGAAAUUGAGAACUGGAUACAUAUUGUUG